UUUCUUUUUCUUAGGUUUUCCUCAGCUCAGCUCGUAUCCAAAGUUAUCUGAUAAACUUGUUUCGUUACCUACGUGGUGCAUUUGACAAUACAGAGCUGUAAAUGGCUCAUGUUGCGUCGGUCACUGCGGGUAUUUUUUUUCGUCUGCUUGCUUCUAAUUUGGCUGGUGAUCUAAAGUCAGUUGCUGGUACACACUAAAAAAUUAUGGGUUGAAAAUAAUCCAACUGUAAUCCAGCCGCUGGGUUACUAUCGCACCAGCCCAGCGUUUGUUGUUUCGACCCAGCAAGUUGGGUUAGUCCACUUUGACCCAGCAGAUGAGUUAGACCUCGUAAAACUUUUGCGAGGGAACGCAAAACUGCUUUGCGUUAUAUGGCAAACAUUUUGGGAGCUCUCGAAAAAGCUCGUUCUACCCAUCAUACUUUUUUCUCCAUGUUCCCUCAAGAUCUUUCAUCCUGCUGCUCGGGAUGUUAUUGACACCUACAUGUAGGUCAUAUUUCUGCAGUAUAAUGGAUUUAAACAUUUAUAUAUAUACAUAUGUAUUCAUUGUGUUUAGUAAAUAGCAUUCAUACAUUUUAUCAAAGUGUACGCACAGAGUAUAACUUUAUUUUAUACUCAUCUCAGUGCUAGUGAAUGCGUUGUACAAGAUUGUCCGCCUAUCCCCGCCUCCUCUCUUGCUCACCACUCUGUUCUCAGCAACUCAGCUGUAACUCUAGUGUCCUUGGUAACUACGGUCACACGCCUCAUGCCCAAAGGGGGCGCGAUUGUGGACCUCCAGUGAAGAAGAAGAAGAAGAAGAAGAAGAAGAAGAAAGUAGGCGAAGAAGAAGACGAAAAUGAAAGUGGCGCCGUUUUGUAAUAUGAACUAAGUAAAUGCUAAGUAACGUUAGCGUUAGCAACGCUGUUAGACAUCCUGUGUGAGAGAGAGCUGAAAUAUAUAUAGCAGAUCAUAAAGAUGACAUCGUCCUCGGUGGAUUACACUAUCGGAGGGGUGAAGAUCCACUUCCCCUGCAAGGCGUAUCCAUCCCAGCUGGCCAUGAUGAAUUCAAUCUUACGAGGGUUGAACUAUGGGCAGCAUUGUUUGCUGGAAAGUCCGACAGGAAGUGGGAAGAGUUUAGCUUUGCUCUGCUCGGCGCUGGGAUGGCAGCAGGCACAGUUUGAUAAAACGCGAGGAGGAGGAUCUGAAGAUCAGAGCCAGUCUUAUAAAACUUCUGGAGACCAUAAGAGGUCAAAUAUCAGCAUCCCAUGUGACUGUGUGUGCCAUAGCAAAGUCUCGCCUGCCUCAAAGGAAACGUCAGUCAAACCCGAUGUUGUUGAUCUGACUGCCUCACCGUCCAAAGAGACAUCGGAGCAGCUUCAUGCAGGAUCACAAACCACCAAAUCACUUCCCAGACAAAAGUUCCCGGAUUCUCACCUGGGUAAGACUUCCCAGUUUUCCAUCCUUGCUGACCAAGACGAUUUCCAGCCGGCGAGGAAACGAAUUCGCACCGCUGAAUCCAAGGGAGUGGUAUUUACUGAAGAGAUGCCAGAGAUGAACAAUCACCCUUCAGGUCCUCAGCAAUGGACUGCAAAGGCAAAAAACCAUGGAGAUGAUUUGGCGUCUUCUUGCUCUUCUCCCGAAUGCUUCCAGUGUCCGUGUGCUUCAACUAAGGGCAGUGUGAAGGAUGAAAAUGCCAAAAAGAUGAUACCGAAGAUUUUCUUUGGCACACGCACGCAUAAACAGAUCACUCAGAUUGCCCAUGAGAUGAAGCGUACGGCGUAUUCUACUACUCCAAUGACCAUAUUAUCCAGCAGAGAUCACACCUGUGUCAACCCAGAUGUGGCACCUCACUCCCACCGGAACGAACUCUGCAAAGACCUGCGAGAAGGCAAAGAUGGAAGGUCCUGCCGUUACUACCAUGCAGUACAGAAAAUGAGCCACCAGAGCAAACUCCAGCUGGUCCAUGGUAUGCAGCAAGCCUGGGACAUUGAGGACCUUGUCUCACUGGGCAAACGGCUUCGUUCUUGUUCAUACUAUGCUGCACGUGAACUCAUGCAAAGCUCCCGCAUCGUCUUCUGUCCCUAUAACUACCUGUUGGAUCCAAUGAUCAGAGAGAGUAUGGCGAUUGAUCUUGCAGGCCACAUCUUGGUUCUGGAUGAAGCCCAUAAUAUUGAAGACUGUGCCAGGGAAAGUGCCAGCUUCACACUAGACAACAAUGGUUUGCUGAUGUGCAGGGAGGAGCUUGAUGGCAUGGUCAACAACAACAUCCGGCGAUCACAGCAUGAGCUUCUGAGGAACUUCUGCUAUUCACUCACCAACUGGAUUCAAGAGAGCCAAAGCCUUUUGUCAGAUCGGGGAUAUGAAAACGCAUUCAAGGUUUGGAGUGGAAAAGAUAUACUGGGCAUUUUUCACGGCCUGGGUAUCACUUCUGACUCCUUCCAGAUGCUGAAGAAAACUCUGGCAGAAGUGCUGGAAAAGGAGGAGGCUGAAGGAUUCGUGAGUGGUAACGAGGACACCAAGCAGGUCGCAACCAUAAGCUCUUCAGCAUCAACUGUCCUUAAAGGCCUAUUCAUGGUGCUCGACUUCCUCUACAGAGACAACUGCAGGUAUUGUGAAGACUACAAAGUUGCACUUCAGAAGAACUAUGCUUGGGUGAGCAAGGCCCCGCCUGAACAUCAAGAUGCCCAGGGAUUCAUGGUCCAAUUAAGCAACAAACAGCGCCGAAAAAUCAAAAUGAAGACUGAAGUUCUGACUCUGAGCUUCUGGUGCCUCAACCCUGCUGUGGCUUUUUCCGACUUAAGUGGGAGAGUACACAGCAUUGUCCUGACAUCAGGGACACUGUCACCUAUGGGAUCCUUCUCUUCAGAACUCGGGGUCAAAUUUUCUAUUCAAUUGGAGGCCAGUCAUGUUAUCAACAAAUCUCAGGUUUGGGUUGGCACUGUUGGUGAAGGGCCUCAGGGCAGGAAGCUGUGUGCCACCUUUCAACAUGCUGAAACCUUUGCCUUCCAAGAUGAGGUUGGUGCGCUGCUCCUGCAUGUGUGUCAAGUUGUGGCCAAAGGUGUUCUCUGCUUUUUGCCUUCCUACAAGAUGCUUGAUAAGAUGCGCGAUCGAUGGACCAUCACGGGUGUCUGGAAGAAACUGGAACAACAGAAAACGGUCAUUACCGAGCCUCGUGGUGGCGGGAAGGGUGAUUUUGAUGAGCUACUUCAGAUCUACUACAGUGCUAUCAAAUGCAGCGAGGAAAGAGAUGGUGCUCUCCUGAUGGCGGUGUGUCGGGGGAAAGUAAGUGAAGGACUCGACUUCACUGAUGACAAUGCCAGAGCCGUGGUCACCAUUGGAAUCCCCUUCCCCAACAUUAAAGACCUCCAGGUUGAACUGAAGAUGAAGUACAAUGACCAGCACUGCAAGAGCAGAGGUCUUCUGCCAGGCCAUCGCUGGUAUGAGAUUCAGGCUUACCGAGCUCUAAACCAAGCCCUGGGAAGGUGUAUUCGUCACAGAAAUGACUGGGGGGCCCUCAUUCUAGUGGAUAACCGUUACAAGAAUAAUCCCAACAAGUACAUCACAGGUCUGUCCAAAUGGGUCCGCCAGCUUGUCUACCAUCAUGACACCUUCAGUGGUGCCAUGCACUCCCUUGAAACCUUCUCUCAGGCACAACAAAAGUGGUCCCAUGCAGACUGCCAGCUCUCUGCCGUCUCCUCCCCAGGGAGCCCAUCAAUAACAAAGGAUUCACCAGCUUUGCCGAAGCCCUUGGAUCGCCUUGAUUCAUCUCACACACCAAUGAAAGCUGGACUGGAAUCACCAGAAUGGCAGAGGACAAUCAAUGUUGCUCUCGCAGUGCAACCUUUCCAACCGAAAACACCCGUGAACGACCUACAUUUGACCUCAGAGAAACAAGAAACGAGCGAGGGGCAUGUCCUUCAGUCAUCAGUUGAAGUUCCAGCCAGUCGAUCCAAAGGAGAAAACCUUCAUCCUAAUUUGGAGCUUUCACAUUCAAACACAGAAAGCGACGAGGACCAAAGUGUCUUUUGUACCCCUGAACUGUUUCAUCAUAAGGCGGAGGAAGGCGCUUCCUGUGAGGAUCCGGCGCUUUCCGGGAGGACUUCUGGAGCAGAGAGCCACGUCCAGCAGUCAGAAGAUCUUUGUGGAUCGGACCUGGCCUCAGGCAGGCUUUGUGAGGAAACGAGUUUGAUGGAAAAGCUGGACUUAUGUCAGAGACCAGGAGAACUGGUGAGGAACAAGAUCAGGCAGACGGGUAGUAAGCUUCGUAGGCUUUCCAGGUCCACACACACACAGAAGAUAAGUGACAAAUGAUCCGCCUCAAAGCGCGGCCCACGGCUCCAUUUCUACUCACGUUGUAAGAAUCCAAUAAAACAAGAAAUAUAAACAGGAAAAGUUGGCAAGAAGGUGUACAGUAUGUCAUGAGAAAAGUUCACACUAAUACGGUGGGACAUGUUUCUGUGUAUGCCGCUCAGACUGAAUGACAUAAGUCAAACCAGCCAUUGCACGUUUUGUAAAAAUAAAGGAUUUGACAUAUUUUUUCUCCAUUUCGGCACUUUUUUAGUAACAUUUUUGUGUUUUUGUUAUUAAUCCGUUCCAGAAGGUCCAACUAAACCGAACGUAUGAAAACCCAGGCAAGUUUUCCCACAGGAAAUGAUGUACCAAAGCCUUAUAUUUUAUUAUUUUUAUAUUAGAAAAAUGUCAAUAAUGUAUUUGUCAAGAGCUCCUCUCAUUGCACAAACUUUUUCCACAGAGAGCCACAGUAUAUAUCGGUUAGCCUUUAAGAACAUGUUUGAAGCCAUAAUAAAG